CACAAGCCUCUGUCCGAUCCAGUUAACUUACAAGGAAGGUAGCCUGCAUCUUUCCACCACCUCCAGUCAACAUGGCCUCUAUGGGGUUCAGCUAUGCGCAAAUACAUGUGCGACAAGAGAUGGUACGGAGGAAGAUCAGCGAAGAGGCCGCGAAGAUGAUCACGGACGACUCGAAGGCUGGAAAAGAAGACAAUAGCAAGAACAAAAAUGUUGCCGGCGAAAAAGAGAAGAAGACCAAGAAGAAAAACUGCGACUCAUGGACCACCGGGAGGGUGCAUCCGUGCGCAUCUUCCAUGGCGGCCGCGGCGGGGCAAGUGACAAAGGGUGGCCGUAGGUGAUUGUGAGGUUCCAUUUAGGUCAUAAGAGGGUUGACUUGAGAAGUUAGUUUGCGUUUUGUCAUCAGUAGUAGUACCCUCAAGGCCUCAAAUGUAUAUUGAUAGUUAUUUUCUCAAUUCUGACGUUCUAGCUCCA